UUAGGGCGUGUCCCUAUCCAAUUCUGCUACUACUAAAAAAUGUUUGGUUGCACUUUGUCUGUGGACCACACCUCUUUUUCAGACCAACACUCCUAACCCUAAGCUCGGGCCACAAGUAGCCUACAUUUACUUUGUUAAACUAUGUGGGUGAAAAAAUGACAACUGGGUCAGCUGGAAACUAGUAAUGACACCUGCGCUGCACUUUGCACCGGGUGCUUGAAAGGGCGCCUGGAACGGGAUGGAAUCAGUCUGUCAGCUGUUCUUGUGUCUUCGGGUGGUCUCCUGUCUGUCAGCUGUUCUCCUGUCUGUCAGCUGUUCUCGUGUCUUCGGGUGGUCUCCUGUCUGUCAGCUCUUCUCGUGUCUUCGGGUGGUCUGUCUGUCAGCUCUUCUCGUGUCUUCGGGUGGUCUCGUGUCUUUGGGUGGUCUCCUGUCUGUCAGCUGUUCUCGUGUCUUCGGGUGGUCUCCUGUCUGUCAGCUCUUCUCGUGUCUUCGGGUGGUCUCGUGUCUUUGGGUGGUCUCCUGUCUGUCAGCUGUUCUCGUGUCUUCGGGUGGUCUCCUGUCUGUCAGCUCUUCUCGUGUCUUCGGGUGGUCUCGUGUCUUCGGGUGGUCUCCUGUCUGUCAGCUCUUUUCGUGUCUUCGGGUGGUCUGUCUGUCAGCUCUUCUCGUGUCUUUGGGUGGUCUCGUGUCUUCGGGUGGUCUCCUGUCUGUCAGCUCUUCUCGUGUCUUCGGGUGGUCUCCUGUCUGUCAGCUCUUCUCGUGUCUUCGGGUGGUCUCGUGUCUUUGGGUGGUCUCCUGUCUGUCAGCUGUUCUCGUGUCUUUGGGUGGUCUCCUGUCUGUCAGCUGUUCUCGUGUCUUUGGGUGGUCUCCUGUCUGUCAGCUGUUCUCCUGUCUGUCAGCUCUUCUCGUGUCUUUGGGUGGUCUCCUGCCUGUCAGCUGUUCUCGUGUCUUCGGGUGGUCUCGUGUCUUCGGGUGGUCUCCUGUCUGUCAGCUCUUCUCGUGUCUUCGGGUGGUCUCCUGUCUGUCAGCUCUUCUCGUGUCUUCGGGUGGUCUCCUGUCUAUCAGCUCUUUUCGUGUCUUCGGGUGGUCUGUCUGUCAGCUCUUCUCGUGUCUUUGGGUGGUCUCCUGUCUGUCAACUCUUCUCGUGUCUUUGGGUGGUCUCCUGUCUGUCAGCUGUUCUCGUGUCAUGAGGUGGUCUCGUGUUUCGGGUGGUCUCCUGUCUGUCAGCUGUUCUCGUGUCUUCAGGUGGUCUCGUGUCUUCGGGUGGUCUCCUGUCUGUCAGCUCUUCUCGUGUCUUCGGGUGGUCUCCUGUCUGUCAGCUCUUCUCGUGUCUUCGGGUGGUCUCGUGUCUUUGGGUGGUCUCCUGUCUGUCAGCUGUUCUCGUGUCUUUGGGUGGUCUCCUGUCUGUCAGCUGUUCUCCUGUCUGUCAGCUCUUCUCGUGUCUUUGGGUGGUCUCCUGCCUGUCAGCUCUUCUCGUGUCUUCGGGUGGUCUCGUGUCUUCGGGUGGUCUCCUGUCUGUCAGCUGUUCUCGUGUCUUCGGGUGGUCUCCUGUCUGUCAGCUCUUCUCGUGUCUUCGGGUGGUCUCCUGUCUAUCAGCUCUUUUCGUGUCUUCGGGUGGUCUGUCUGUCAGCUCUUCUCGUGUCUUUGGGUGGUCUCCUGUCUGUCAACUCUUCUCGUGUCUUUGGGUGGUCUCAUGUUUCGGGUGGUCUCCUGUCUGUCAGCUGUUCUCGUGUCUUCAGGUGGUCUCGUGUCUUCGGGUGGUCUCCUGUCUGUCAGCUCUUCUCGUGUCUUUGGGUGGUCUCCUGUCUGUCAGCUCUUCUCGUGUCAUGAGGUGGUCUCGUGUCUUCGGGUGGUCUCCUGCCUGUCAGCUCUUCUCGUGUCAUGAGGUGGUCUCAUGUUUCGGGUGGUCUCCUGUCUGUCAGCUGUUCUCGUGUCUUCAGGUGGUCUUGUGUCUUCGGGUGGUCUCCUGUCUGUCCGCUGUUCUCGUGUAUUCAGGUGGUCUAGUGUCUUCGGGUGGUCUCCUGUCUGUCAGCUGUUCUCGUGUCUUCAGGUGGUCUUGUGUCUUCGGGUGGUCUCCUGUCCGUCAGCUGUUCUCGUGUCUUCAGGUGGUCUUGUGUCUUCAGGUGGUCUCCUGUCUGUCAGCUGUUCUCAUGUCUUCGGGUGGUCUCCUGUCUGUCAGCUGUUCUCGUGUCUUCAGGUGGUCUCCUGUCUGUCAGCUGUUCUCGUGUCUUCGGGUGGUCUCCUGUCUGUCAGCUGUUCUCGUGUCUUCGGGUGGUCUCGUGUCUUCAGCUGUUCUCGUGUCUUUGGGUGGUCUCCUGUCUGUCAGCUGUUCUCGUGUCUUCGGGUGGUCUCGUGUCUGUCAGCUGUUCUCGUGUCUUCGGGUGGUCUCGUGUCUUCAGCUGUUCUCGUGUCUUCAGGUGGUCUUGUGUCUUCGGGUGGUCUCCUGUCUGUCAGCUGUUCUCGUGUCUUCGGGUGGUCUCCUGUCUGUCAGCUGUUCUCGUGUCUUCGGGUGGUCUCGUGUCUUCAGCUGUUCUCGUGUCUUUGGGUGGUCUCCUGUCUGUCAGCUGUUCUCAUGUCUUCGGGUGGUCUCCUGUCUGUCAGCUGUUCUCGUGUCUUCAGGUGGUCUCCUGUCUGUCAGCUGUUCUCGUGUCUUCGGGUGGUCUCCUGUCUGUCAGCUGUUCUCGUGUCUUCAGGUGGUCUUGUGUCUUCGGGUGGUCUCCUGUCCGUCAGCUGUUCUCGUGUCUUCAGCUGUUCUCGUGUCUUCAGGUGGUCUUGUGUCUUCGGGUGGUCUCCUGUCUGUCAGCUGUUCUCGUGUCUUCGGGUGGUCUCCUGUCUGUCAGCUGUUCUCGUGUCUUCGGGUGGUCUCGUGUCUUCAGCUGUUCUCCUGUCUUUGGGUGGUCUCCUGUCUGUCAGCUGUUCUCGUGUCUUCGGGUGGUCUUGUGUCUUCGGGUGGUCUCCUGCCUGUCAGCUCUUCUCGUGUCUUCGGGUGGUCUCCUGCCUGUCAGCUCUUCUUAUGUCUUCGGGUGGUCUCCUGUCUGUCAGCUCUUCUCGUGUCUUCAGGUGGUCUCCUGUCUGUCAGCUCUUCUCGUGUCAUGAGGUGGUCUCUUGUUUCGGGUGGUCUCCUGUCUGUCAGCUGUUCUCGUGUCUUCAGGUGGUCUCGUGUCUUCGGGUGGUCUUGUGUUUGUUAGCUGUUCUCGUGUCUUCGGGUGGUCUCCUGUCUGUCAGCUCUUCUCGUGUCAUGAGGUGGUCUCAUGUUUCGGGUGGUCUCCUGUCUGUCAGCUGUUCUCGUGUCUUCAGGUGGUCUUGUGUCUUCGGGUGGUCUCCUGUCCGUCAGCUGUUCUCGUGUCUUCAGCUGUUCUCGUGUCUUCAGGUGGUCUCGUGUCUUCGGGUGGUCUCCUGUCUGUCAGCUGUUCUCGUGUCUUCGGGUGGUCUCCUGUCUGUCAGCUGUUCUCGUGUCUUCGGGUGGUCUCGUGUCUGUCAGCUGUUCUCGUGUCUUCGGGUGGUUUCCUGUCUUCAGCUGUUCUUGUGUCUUCAGCUGUUCUUGUGUCUUUAGCUGUUAUCGUGUCUUUAGGUGGUCUUGUGUCUUCAGCUUUUUUGUGUCUUUAGGUGGUCUUGUGUCUUCAGCUGUUCUUGUGUCUUCAGCUGUUCUUGUGUCUCUAGCUGUUAUCGUGUCUUUAGGUGGUCUUGUGUCUUCAGCUGUUCUUGUGUCUCUAGCUGUUAUCGUGUCUUUAGGUGGUCUUGUGUCUUCAGCUGUUCUUGUGU